GGCUGUGAAAGAUUGGCCUCGUGUAAAUCCUCAUGUGAGUGCUUACUUGAUCCAGACUCUUUUUCUACCGGUCUUCCCUUCUCCAAUGCGCUGACCGGCGACCGAAGGUGGCGUCACUACGUAAAGUUUCUCGCGGUCUUGGCGGCCGCACUGCGCGAGUCCCUUUUCUUUGAGCAAAUUUCUCCUGCUCAGUGUCCCUUUUACCACCCCAUCUCUGCGCUCAGCAGCACGCUCCCCUCCCCACAGUAUCUGCGCCAGAAUACUAAUGCGGCCGUCCAUCCGCCUCCCCAUUAAUGUCGCCGUCGUUGGAGCCACGGGUUCCUCUCAACUAGUCGCAAUCCCCCGCGCAACCGACACCCUCACCCUGCAACUUCCCGAUCGAAGCCGGGGAUGAGUCCCUUCAGGCCCCCCUGGAGGGUAACUCCCAGUACCGCGAAAGAGCCUCGAAUGAGCAUGGACGAGAAGGAAUAUAAGAUCUCCGAACCAACGCAGCUGAGCUUUAUCUCCUCGCAGUUGGAUUCUUGUCUGUACGGCUCCAGCAUCGAGGAGCUCAAGUCGCUCUACGGACCGCUUUGUCCGCUUCUCGAGGAUGGCACAUAUAAUGGACUGUGGUGGCUGGAUAUAACGGCGCCGUCGGACGACGAUAUUGAGACGCUCUCGCGCAUCUUCAAUCUACACCCGUUGACGACGGAGGAUAUCAAGACUCGGGAAACGCGUGAGAAGAUUGAGCUCUUUGGACCGUACUACUUCUUGUCGCUGCGUCCGGUUCGUCAGAUUGAGACUCGAGAGGGCGUCCGGACAUCUCCGGUGAACGUCUACGCCGUUGUGUUCCGAGACGGCGUCCUCAGUUUUUCGCUCGCGAGCAAUCCACACGCCGCUCACGUUCGCAGCCGCAUCAAGGAGCACCAGAGCCACCUCUCGAUCACCAGCGACUGGAUCUGCUACGCUCUAAUCGACGACAUCGUUGACGGCUUCGCCCCCUUCAUCAACCAAGUCGAAACGGGCGUCGAAAUGAUGGAAGACAGCGUCUCCAUAACCCGGCCCGACGACAUCGGCCUCGCCCUGCAACAGAUCUACAAAUGCCGCAAAGAAGUCCUGCACAUCCGCCAGCUCCUCAAUGACAAAACAGACGUCAUCCGCUGCUUCGCCCGCCACUGCGAUGCAUUUGGCGCCUCCUCGUCACAGGUGACGCUGUACCUCAGCGAUAUCCAGGACCACGUCCUCACCAUGAUCGCGAACCUCGAUGCAGCGGAACAGAUGCUCUCCCGCGGGCAGUCCAAGUACCUCAGCCAGCUGUCGUUCGAUUCAACGCGCAUGCGUAAUCAGAUCAUGUCUGCGUUGAGCCGGUUGACGAUCAUUGCGGGGAUUGUGGUCCCGCUGCAGUUUGUUACGGGGCUGUUUGGGAUGAAUGUUACCGUUCCCGCACAGUCGGAUGUUGCGGGGAGUUUGACGGCUUGGUUUAGCAUUCUUGGUGUACUGCUUGCGAUGGUGUUGCUUUUCCUGUUUAUCGCGCGUAGACUGCGGAUGCUUUGAUUGUUUUUUUUUCUCUGUUGGUUGUGAAGUGAGCGAACCGAAGGCCUAAACAGGGGAAGCAAGCAUGAGAUGAGGGACUUGUUUCCCGCGCAUACGAUAGACUAGUAUAUAAUCGUGCAGAAUGAGGCAUCUGCGAAGUUUGAAUGUCCUCAGAAUGUGGAUAAUCAAUUAUAAACGAGAUGACCAACUUUGUCCAA